AUGGAGAAUUCCAUCUUUCAAAUCCUUGAAAGCAGCUCCAACAUUUGGCCUCAAUCCACCUCCAUUGAUGACUUGAUAAUCCCUCAAAAUUUCAACAGUGAUAUUUCUCCCAACCAAGAUGUGGAAAUGGUCACAACUCCUGAUCCAGAGCCAAAUCCAGUCAACAAAGUCAGACAGAGGAGGAAGAGGAAACAAAAGGAGAAAGAGAAAGAAACAUGGUACAAAGGCCCUUGGACCAAAACUGAAGACAGAAAACUGGAUAGCUUGGUGAAGCAAUAUGGAAACAAAAAAUGGGCAUCAGUUGCUAAACACAUGCCUCGAAGAAUUGGGAAACAAUGUCGAGAACGAUGGCAUAAUAAUCUUCGUCCCAAUAUCUCGAAAAGUAUAGUGUGGAGUGAUGAAGAGGAGCUGAAGAUAAUUGAAGGCCACAAAGCAUUCGGAAACAGAUGGUCUCAAAUAGCAAAAUUCCUUCCUGGAAGAAGUGAAAAUGAUGUGAAAAAUCAUUGGAACAAAACCAAAAGAAGGCAGACUUCUUCUAGAAAAAUCCAAAGGUCUAAGAAGCUAAGAGGCUUCUAUCAAUCCACCGUUUUAGAAGAAUACAUACGGAAUGGGAUCUUCAACUCCGCCGAUGCUCCUCCGCCGCCGCAAAUCGGUGACGAUCAAGAAGAAAAUGACCUAAUUAAUGCGGAGGAUGACGAUAUUCCCCUUUCUGUUGAUGAUUAUGACAUUGACGGCGUGCCUUUCUUCUCAUUCGAGAUCGCCGCCGCUUUUGAAAUAAACAACUGUGUUGAUGCCGUCGCCGGUGAAGCUUCUCCGGUGAUCAGCGGUGAUGAUUAUGCCAUCGUCGAGGAAGAUGACUGUUCCGCCGGCGUUGCGGCGUCGUAUUUGGCGAUUGAUGAGGCGGUGGAUGAGGAGAUGAACUUCUUGAGAAGUCUGUUUAGUGAUGAUAUGUAA